AUGGGUGUUGACGAGGACGCGCGCGCGCGGAUGGAUUCCGCGACGGCGUCGUCGACGAAAACAACGGUGGGUGAUUUGGACGAAGCUCUUGGAGCGAGAGGGAGGGCGCUGGAGGCGUUCGAGACGCGGUACACGGAGACGCGAGACGCGUACCUGGACAACGUGAAGUACCUCGCGAUGCUCGUCGUGGUGUGGAAUCACUCUUUGCAGGACUUCUUAAAGGCGCUGGAUAAGCACGAGAAUAGAGGGUGGUGCGAGAUGGACGCGACGAAUAGGUUCUCCAACGUGCACGCGCGGGCGUUUUACUUGUUGCUCAACGUGAUUGGCAUGCCCGUGUUCACGUGCGUGAGCGGGUAUCUGUCUAGGAGUUGGCUCAACGCGGCGAGGGAGGACGAGGCGAGCGCGGCGAAUUUGUUGGUGCGCGUGCGAUCUUCCACGGCGA